AUGGGUCCUAAGAGAGGAGGUGCUGAGGGCUCAAAGAAGGCACAGGGCCAGGCCCGCAAGGCCGAGCAGGCUGCCUCGAAACAGGCCGUGAAGGAUAGGCAAGCCGAGGAGGCAGAGGCAGAGAAGUGGGGAAAGGGAGCCAAAUCCACUUCCAAAGCUGAUGCCGCUGCUGCAAAGGCUGCCGAUGCCGCACGCAAGAAGGCCGAGAAGGCAGCGCUUCUAGCUGAAGAGGAGGCCAACCAGCCUUCCAAGCCAAAGGGCGCCGGAAGCAAGUCCGCCCAGAAGAAGACGAACAACAGCCGCGGCAUCGACUCUGCCUUCGCUUCCUUUGACCAACCAUCUGCGCUCAACGCCACAGGUAUCGACAACGCCCUCGACGCUCUCGAUCUGACAGGAAACAACAACGCCGACAAAGUCGAGCGCCAUCCCGAACGUCGGUUCAAGGCAGCAUACACACAAUAUGAGGAGCGCAGAUUGGAGGAGAUGAAGGACGAGAAAGGCCUUCGCCGACAGCAGAAGAUCGAUAUUAUCCGAAAGGAGUUCGAGAAGCAUCCAGACAACCCUUUCAACCAGGUGUCUGUCUCAUACAAUGCCACCAAGGACGAUGUUGCGAACACUAAGGAAUCAGAGCGACAGAAGAAGGAGAAGCGGUUGGGUGGUCCAUCGUCUUGA